GCGGACGUGGCCGUUGCCUUGCCCUUCAGCUUCCUAGGACUGUGUGUUGGGGCGGUGCUUCCGGCGGGUUUGCUGCGGCUGCCUGCGACCCGGCGAUCAUGAGCCGGCCCAGCAGGCUGCAGAGGCAAGUUCUGAACCUGUACCGAGAGCUGCUGCGCGCCGGGCGGGGGAAACCCGGCGCCGAGGCGCGGGUGCGCGCCGAGUUCCGGCAGCACGCCAGCCUUCCGCGCUCCGACGUGCUGCGUAUCGAGUAUCUGUACCGCCGGGGACGGCGCCAGCUACAGCUGCUGCGUUCUGGCCACGCCACGGCCAUGGGUACCUUCGUGCGCCCUCGGGGACCGACUGAGGAACCCACCGACACGGCAACCCCAGGGACCACGCUGGGCGAUAGCGAUAGCCCAAAGAGUCCUUGUGAAGGCACAGGGCCACGGGAGACGAGAUCCGGUGGACUGUGACAGACCCAGAGAAGGGUGCCUCCGGGCAGUUUGGGAAGAUGGGGAACUCAACUGAUGGAAGGUGAGAUGUCUUGAGAGACCGCCGAACCUUCUUGAUGCAGGGUGAGAGAUCAGACACUCUCUCACCAGGAGGGUUCCCGGCAUGCUGUGGCACCGGCAGGCUGCCCCAUGCAUGUUGUGAUGCACUAACCCUAAGUCAAAGAUCCAAACGCAGGGACGAAUAGGAGCCGACACACCUCUGGACUUCGGAGAACACACCCACCCCGCGCUCUUGAGGACCUGCCCUUUGCUGUUUUUAACGCGGGGAAAAGCAGACUUUUGCCUAGCAAGUUUAAUAAAAUACCCUGAUGAACUGUGAGAAAUUCGCAGUCCGGUUUGGAAAACCGUGUCCCACUCAUUGUGACAAACCAGGAUUAUAAGGGAAGGUUACAGUAGCUCAUCCCAGCUGAUCAGCCAGACUCCUGGAGAACCCCUUCUGGGUGUUUCUAAGAGGCAGUUCCUACUCCUGUUAGUCUUCCAGGAUUCUUGUACAAAGGGAAUAAAUGUGAGGUAUGCUUAA